AUGACUCUUGCGAGCGUCCAGGUUGCCACGAGUUUGCCAGCCUCCUCGUGGCCUGGUCGCAUCCGGCGAGUAAGCGGCCUGACAGACGUCUGUCACUCCACCAUGCCCAGUAUGCUGCACACCGGCACGGGUGCCAGUCUACUGCAGACGACCAACUCUGCCACCACGCCUUCUUCAAUUGGUCGGAUCACGACCACAUGUUCGAGUCCCAUCCAGUCACCUUCGCCCAAGCGCCGACUCCUCCCUGGAGACGCGAUCAACACCCCUUCGACUCACAGAUCUGGCCCCAACCAAGUGGGAAUCCCUUUGCGCACUGACGCCGUCUCCGGUAGCCUUGGUCCGGCCCAGAUGCUUCAGGGUCUGGAUGAACGACUGACUUGGUAUGGACUGACAAUGGCGGCUUCACCGUCACCACUGCAGCCGCUUGCUGCCGGAUUCGAGUCUGUUUCUACCGACGUCAGCAAGUAUGCAGGCCUACAUGGAGGUCUUGAUGGCUACACCGGCCUGAUGGGAAUGCGGCUCUCCGACGGCAUAAAUGGCGACUGGGCGCCCGGAAUGGCUCCAGGGUCUGGGACGACGAGCGAUACAACAGACGAUUGGGUUGAUUCGAAUCACACCUUCGUACUGAGCUCGAGACCGGAGGCCGGCAAGCACUUGACAGCUCUCACAACGGCAGUCACCAACCUCAGCUCCUCCAAUCAGUGCAUCACCUCCUCGGGCUUCUUCUCCCAUGGCGCUUCCUCCACCAGCCCCUUUUUGGGCUGCCUAUCGCCCGGCCUCGAGCCUGAACCCGAUCUGUUUCAGAGCUCGGACGUCAACUCGCCCAACGGGCCGCCGGUUGGUCUCCCACCCUCCAGGCCGCAUUCGGCUGCUCAUACCUCCAUCGGUACCGUCAGAAAGGGAGCCUCGACGACGACGUCAAUGUUGACUCCUCAGACUCUGAUGCAUUCAGGCCAGACUGGCGUAAGGAUGGGCAAACGGAGCUUAACCCACGGCGACGUCGAGUGCAGACGCGACGAGCCAAAAGAGGCUCUUGAAGUUGGAGUGCUUUCGGGAGGUGGAGAGUCUAGCUGGCGGGAUGUCUAUAUUGCCCAGUAA